GCUGGGCUGCUCCCCUCUCUGAAGACGCCUUUGGUACGGUCCGAGCCGCCUCUUUCCUUCGCUGGGGAGGCUGACCCCUCCCGGUCGGCGGCUCUUGGUGCCGCCCGGGAGAACCAGGUCAUCGGCCGGUUCCCGUGAAAACAAAAACAAUCGGCGGCAUCGCCGCGGGCGGCCGAACGCGGCGAGUGGAGGGCCGGGGACGCGGCGCUGGGUGGGGCGAGCGAGCUAGUAGUGAGCGGGAGCAGAGGCGACACGCCGGGGGGCCGGGGCGCCAUGGGGCAGGCGGGCACGGGCUGCGCGGGGCUCCCCCGGCGCCGCGGCUAGCGCGCUCGCCUCCUCAGUAGUCCGCGCCGUCCGCCUGGGGGACGAAGAGCAGGAAGCGGCCUCGGCGGGGCCCGGGCUGAACGGCUGCGGACACCCGGGCGCCAGGGAGCCGAGCGCCGCCGCCUCCGGCAUGGAUCAGUGCGUGACCGUGGAGCGCGAGCUGGAGAAGGUGCUGCACAAGUUCUCGGGCUACGGGCAGCUGUGUGAGCGCGGCCUGGAGGAGCUCAUCGACUACACCGGCGGCCUCAAGCACGAGAUCCUGCAGAGCCACGGUCAAGAUGCUGAAUUAUCAGGGACACUUUCACUUGUUUUGACCCAGUGCUGUAAAAGAAUAAAGGACACUGUUCAAAAAUUGGCCUCAGACCACAAAGACAUCCAUAGCAGUGUGUCGCGGGUUGGAAAAGCCAUUGAUAAGAAUUUUGAUUCUGACAUUAGCAGUGUGGGAAUAGAUGGCUGCUGGCAGGCAGACAGCCAAAGGCUUCUCAAUGAGGUGAUGGUGGAGCACUUCUUUCGACAAGGAAUGCUGGAUGUAGCUGAGGAGCUCUGCCAGGAAUCCGGUCUUUCUGUAGACCCAAGUCAAAAAGAACCAUUUGUGGAGUUAAAUCGGAUAUUAGAAGCAUUAAAAGUCAGAGUUCUGAGACCUGCUCUGGAGUGGGCAGUAUCAAACCGAGAAAUGCUUAUAGCCCAAAACAGCUCCUUGGAAUUUAAGCUACAUCGACUAUAUUUUAUUAGCUUGUUAAUGGGUGGAACUACAAAUCAGCGAGAAGCAUUGCAAUAUGCUAAGAACUUUCAGCCAUUUGCCCUAAAUCAUCAAAAGGACAUUCAGGUAUUGAUGGGAAGCCUCGUAUACCUGAGACAAGGGAUCGAGAAUUCACCAUAUGUUCACCUGCUUGACUCAAACCAGUGGGCUGACAUCUGCGACAUCUUUACACGGGAUGCCUGUGCCCUCCUGGGACUCUCUGUGGAGUCUCCACUCAGUGUCAGUUUCUCAGCAGGUUGUGUGGCACUACCAGCUUUAAUUAACAUCAAAGCUGUGAUUGAACAGAGGCAGUGCACUGGAGUGUGGAACCAGAAAGAUGAAUUACCUAUUGAAGUGGACCUUGGUAAAAAGUGCUGGUAUCACUCUAUUUUUGCCUGUCCCAUUCUUCGUCAGCAAACAACAGAUAAUAAUCCACCCAUGAAAUUGGUUUGUGGACAUAUUAUAUCAAGAGAUGCCCUGAAUAAAAUGUUUAAUGGUAGCAAAUUAAAAUGUCCAUAUUGCCCAAUGGAACAAAGUCCAGGAGAUGCCAAACAGAUAUUUUUCUGAAGAAAUGAAUUUAGUUUGCAAUUUGAAGAAAGCUGUGAUAGAUUCCAAAUUUGCUUUUUGAUGUUUUCCUCUGCUCCAGCUCUCACCUCAAAGUCAGCACAUCUGCAUAUGAGCUCUGCUUAUAGCCCCAUUGGGCUGCCUGUUUAAAAUUCUGUCAUGCAUUUAGCAGGCUGGUGUGAGAAAUCUUCCACUAUAAUAGAGUGGAAGGAGUAUUAUUGGUUUUUUGAUUUUCCUUAUAUUGCCAAGAGGUGCUUGUUUUAAAAAGCGUGUUCAAUAAAAUGAAAUUCUGAAGU